UUUAAAUUUAGAAAUGAAUGCCAGCAUGUUUGUAUAUCAAUAAUAAUUAUUAAGUGAACGGCGGGCUUUAAAUAAUUAAUUGUAACAUAUACAUGUGUGUUUUGUAAGUUGUCUAUAUUCUUGAACUAUAAUUAAAUCUGUUCUCAUAAAUGCAAAUGAUGAUUUAGAAUUUAGAACAAAUGAUGAAUGCAAUAAACACUUCAAGGACUUCUCUAUUUAUAAUAAUUGCUAGCAAAUGUUCUGUAACUUCCUAAACAAAUGAUUAAUGAAUCGUUUCAAUUUAAAAAUAUAAAGAAGUCAGAUGUAAACAAUCUUCAGAUAAGGAUUUGGUAUCGUAAAUCACGUGUUUCUGUUUACCUUUUGUAAUAAACUGCAUAAUAUUGCCCUCAGUCAGCUAUUUUUAUUUCAUGUGCUUUAGAGGAAGAGGAAAAUGAUAUUUUUAAUUUUACUGUUCACACUAUUUCCUUUUAAUGGGGGUAUUAAUUUAACGUAUAUUGUUAAAAAGGACAAAAUUAAAAUACUGCCAAGUUGCAUCGCAGAGGAAUUCGAAAGAUAUGAAGCCGUUGGUUGGGUGUAUCCCAUACCCAACGAAGAGCAAAGAAUUCCAAACAUUACUACCAAAUUUAUUCCCACAAUAAAUAGUGAUUACAACUGCAAAUUUUCCAAAAAUAAUAUAUGCUCCACAAAAUGGAUAUUAAGGGAUUGGACUAUAGACGACAAUUCAGCUAGAACUAAAGAAUUUAUUACUGAUUAUCGAUGGGAAGAUCUUCAGCCAAUAUUAAUAUCAAAUACCACCAAAGAAUUCGAGGAGAGAAUAGAAAUCGAUAACGUAUUUAAAUCCGGCAUUUCCGUCAGAGCUAACGGUAUAAUCGAGUUGCUAGUUUGUUCCGGAUGGAACCCUUACAACCAUCCUUGCUACCAUUUUCAUAUUGACAAGACAGAAAUAUAUCUCAAUAAAUAUUCAGCUCUACCACAGGAUUUAAAGAACGUUAACUUAACGUAUUUAGAACAGUAUAAGGCAUUUUCAAAUAUUUUCUCAAACGACGAGUGGAGGAAUUUUGUCGUCAGUUUCGAUGCAAAUAGGACUAUUAAAUUAAUCGACGUGAAUUUAAACAGGACUGUCAUUAAGCAUGUCGAUGAGGGAAACUUCAGUCCUAUGUAUUUGUUGGUGCGCAGCAACGAAACAAGUUUAUGGAAAUUUCAUAAAAACGAAUUUUUCUUUACAAACACCACACAGACAAGCCGUCUGGGACCAAUGCUAACGUUGCACAAUAAAGAUCUGUGCAUAUCUUUACUUUUGUCGGUGUGCGAGAACUGCGAGAUAGUCUUCUUUUACAUGCACCAGAAACAAAGGAAAGUUUUAAAAACCGUUGGACACUUGCAGAAUGUGCGUUGGAUGGAAAUAAAGAUUAAGGAGGAGAAUAUACUGAGUGAUAAGCUAAAUUUAUUCGUAGAAACCAAAUUCAAGAAUCCAGAAAUAAAAUCGGAUGGAUUUUGGGGCAUAGACAACGUUAGGGUGUGCAACGAAAACGAAGUUAAAGUUUCUUAUUUAAAAUUGAACGAUAUGGACUUGGAUGAUGAGAAAGAGGAUUAUGUAUCUUGCCAAUUGAUAAAAAUGCCAAGUUGGAGACCCAGAAGGCUUGUAUAUAAUAAAAUAAAGGAUUUUCCGGAGAUUACCGCUGUUAGUAAUUCCACGUCAAUUAAAUUAUCUUGGCCAGAGGAAGAUACUAGAAAUGAAAUUAAUUAUUUUAUAAUGUAUCAGGCAAAUGACGUUUGUACCACCGAGCCUUACAGUGCGAGAAGACUGAAGUCUAGCGGAUUCCUGACGACGAAAUAUAACGAAGUAAUCAUAAAUAAUCUAGUGCCAUUCACUCUGUAUAACAUAACAGUUUCAACUGUUUUACACGAAGUGGAUAAACAAGUGUAUGUUAAUACGUUGGAAACAGAGGAACCUACUUUUAAGGAGUUACCACAAAAAAUUCAAUUAAGGGCAUCCGAUUCAACAAUAUACGUGUCAUGGGAAAAAGUACCUUGCACAGAAAUAUACGGCAAACUAAUUUAUACGUUAACUAUUAACAAUGCCGUGUUAAAUUUCACCAAACGAGUAUCGUCGCAAACGGUCACUAGUUAUGAGAUAAACGGAUUGCAACCUUACACCCCUUAUUCAUUGAAUAUCGUAACGGCCAGAAAUGCGGCGAACAUCCACAAGGGGGUCCAUACUAACACGAUGGUCCUGAACUUUACAACUCUACCUGGUGUUGCUCCACCUAUUGAAAAUCUGGAACUGUAUUCUAUAGACCACAAUUCUUCGUCUUUGCGUUAUGACCUGCCGAAAAAUCUAAACGGAAAACCAUCAAAAAUUCAGUUGUACCGAUGUAUCACUACGUCUCACAGUAAAUGCAAGUCUUACAUCUUCCAGGUGAAAAAGUGUCCUCUGUGGCCGAAAAAAUUUUGCGUUUACGUGUACAAUCUAAUGCCCUCCCAGCAGUAUUCGUUUAGGGCGAGUCUGAAAUAUGAAAAUUCAGACAGUUUUGGUAACGAGGUUUCCGUUUCUGGGUACACAGUGGACCGCGUGCCUGGAGCCCCGACAAACGUAACUUACAAAGUCGUCGACUGUCACUUAUCCACUGAUUAUUGCCACCUAAAUGUAACGUGGUUGCAUCCGUACAAGGAAAACGGCACUAUCACAUCGUUCAACAUAAUUUUGAAUAGUACAAAGAAAGAUGCGAUUAGUGAAGUUACCGAACAUAUUCAUGAAGUGUACAAAGUUGAGAAUAAAUCGUAUUCACCGAAGUAUACUCACCAGAUUAAAUAUUUGCCAUAUAGUGCUUCGUAUAUAUUGUAUUUACAGUCGGUAAACACAAUGUAUAAAAGCGGUUUUACCGAAACAAUGAUUAAGACUGACGAUUUAGGUGAUCACAUAAACCAAAGCCCUAAACUUUUAGAGAAAACCGAUCACAGUUUGUCGUUUAAAUUACCAUAUCUUGAUCGGAGAUUAGAUUCUUAUAACUUAACGACGAUCGUACAAGAUUUCGACUCGAAGAAGGACAUCGAACCUCAGUUCUUGAAAGAUAAGUUGAUUCGUGACAACUUGUGCCAUAAAUUUGGAAAUACGUGGAUAUCUCACGUGUUAAAGGUUGAAAAAAACAGUACUGAAACCCUAACGAUAGACAGCUCAGAAAAAGGAAAAAUAAAACCUAAAACUAAAUAUUGCGUAACUUUUAUUAUCACUAAUAAUUACAAAGGUGCAGAACACAAUGUGGUUUAUUACGAAAAGCUAGAGACGCCUAUUGCCCCUCCUGUGAAGGAAUCGAAUAGCAGUAAUAAUCAUUUGUAUAUUUUACUGUUGUUACUUCUUUUAAUUCCUGCAGGAUUUUUUAUAUACAGGUGUUUGAGGAAGAGAAGAGUAAUAUCGAAACCUGCGGAAAAUAAUGAAAAUGUAUACGAAUCGUUGCCGUUCGAAGAGUGCGAGAGCAACUGCGUUAGCAAUGAGAACUACGAUCAAUUAAUUCACAAGUGAUUCUAUUGAAUCUUAUGUCUACUUACACUGACUGUGAUCUUUACUUUUUCACCAUAUUAAUAUCACUGGUUUUUAUAAGUUUAUAUUGCAUGUUAAAAAUGAUUCACUAAUAAUUUUAUUUAAGUCCCAAGGUUUUAUAAUCUCUAAACAAAGUAUAUCGAAUAUUAAAAAUAAUUACCUAACACUUUUUGUAAGCUGUGAAAAAAUCCUAACCAGUUAUAUUUAGUUUGGUAAUCAGUGGGCCAAAUUGUUGGGAUUAUUCUCCGUGAGAACAAAUAACUUAUUCUAGGUUUGAUCUAGCAAAUCAAAUGGCGCAACUUAAAAUGAAGUCUUGGAAAGGAUCCAAAAAAUUUGGUCUACCAAUUAUAUGUGUCAUUUUUUGUUUUAAUAAUUGUUAAUAUUUGUUUCUAAUUAUACAUGUAAUUAUUAAUAAACGUUCAUAUAUUAACUGUUGAUAAGAGCAAAACUUUCAGUCAUAAUUCUUUAAUAAUCUGAAAAUGAUUGUUUUAUGUUAAAGCAGAUUACUUAAAAACGUAACAGUAGAAGCACAAAAUAAUUGUUAGAUUAUUCUGUGGUAGAAGUGUGUUUCUUUAACUUCAAUUAUUUAACAAUGUUUUGAGUACAAUUAAUCUCCAAUAAACGAAAUUUUUAA